AUGCCUUCAUUUGAUCACGUUAAAAUCAUGCAAACUAAAAUUUACGGUCCCGUUUUCAAAUAUUUCAAAGCUAAUUUAUUGAUGGUCUUGACAAUUAGUAGCGUUGUCGCGGGAAUAAUAUUGGGGUUUUCGUUGAGACAAGCUUCUUUAUCGGAGGCGGGUCAGAAGUUGUUGCAGUUUCCAGGCGAUAUUUUUAGGAGUAUGUUAACAAUGAUACUAUUACCCUUGAUUGUUUCCAGUUUAGUGAUUGGCGUGGCUCGGUUAGACCCAAAGGUUUUAGGGAUAAUAGCAACAAGGACCUUCAUUUAUUAUAUAUCUACAACUUUUAUAGCUGUCUUUACCGGAAUGAUAUUAGUUUUGAUAAUCGAUCCUGGCAAACCAAAUAACGAAUCGAAAUUGAGACCACCUACAAAGCUUAUCACGACUUUUGACGCGGUGCUAGAUUUGAUAAGAAAUUUAGUACCCGAAAAUUUGAUUAGAUCUACCUUCCAAUCCCAAAAAACUGCUUAUUUUAUUGAAAGAACGUCAUCAGCAGAUGUCAAAUAUACUAGAAAAAUCGGUUAUGCUGACAACACGAACAUGUUGGGAAUUGUGGUGUUUUCUAUUGUAUUCGGGGCAAUCCUUAGUUCCCUUGGGGAAAGGUCCAAGAUCUUGACCUCAGCAUUCGUCAUUCUAAACGAUGUAAUUAUGAAAUCGAUUACUACAAUUAUGUGGUUCUCUCCGUUGGGCAUUAUGUGUCUGAUUGCGUACAAAAUCGUAAUGAUUAGUGACUUAAAUUUGAUGACUAAGCAUCUUGUCAAAUUUAUGCUUACAAUUAUUCUUGGACUGAGCAUUCAUUUAUUUUUUACCUUACCCCUAAUAUAUUACACGAUAACCAGAAAGAAUCCAUUCCCAUUUAUGAAGGGUAUGCUCCUGGCCCUUAUCACGGGGUUGGCCACGGCUUCCAACUCGGUGGCACUGCCAAUCAGCUUUCAAUGCGCGGAGAAAAAUUUAGGAAUAGACCAAAGAAUAACCCGUAUCGUCUUACCUAUCGGAUCCCUAUUUAAUAUGGAUGGAAUUGCUCUUUACGAAGCAGUAGCCGCCUUAUUUAUAGCGAGAUUGAAUGAUGUGAAUCUCGGGGUAGAUGGCAUUUUGAUUAUUAGCCUAGCCGCUACUUUUGCCAGUGUAGGAACUACAAGUAUGCCCGGUAUGGCACUUAACACAAUGACUAUGGUCCUCACCUCGGUUAACCUACCAGUAAGUGAUAUGGCUGUGUUGUUACCUAUCGAUUGGCUUUUAGAGAGUCUCAGAACGGCAGCUAAUGUGCUGGGAGAUGCAUUUGGAGCCGGUAUUAUUGAGCAUUUAAGCAAAGACCAACUUCACGAUUUUUCGCUUAUUUCAUUAAAAAAUCAUGCCGUGGUAGCUAUGAGCCCAACGAGCGAUCAACCCAAAGAGUAA